GUUUUUAACUAAUUAUCAAGAGAGUGUCAUGCAAAAGUGUUACGGAUAUCUCGUUACCCUCCUUUUACUCUUUUUAUAAAGAGAAUUUUGACAAGAUUUUCAUUCCUAUAAAAGAUUUUGGGCAAUAUGAUUCUCUCAGCACCAAAGAUUAUUACUAGGACCCUCCAAAGCUAUCAAUUGAUCAGAGAAAAGAGAAAAAGACGUGAGAAUAUAUUCCUGGUCCAAUAACUUGGUACUAUCUUUACAAAUCCACAUGCUCAGGUAGUAGGAAGAAAGCUCCCAUACGAGGUUUCAGAUCAGUAGGAGCAAUGGAAAGAGUUGGAAGACGUGAUCGAAAACCCGAAGACGAGGAAGAAUUCGAGGCAGAGGGCUCCAAGUCUUUGUUCUGUCUCAAGUUCCUCUGGAACUACUCAAAUGUUGAUCAGUCCAUUAGCACUAGAAGUGGAAAUAGUAGUAGUAGUAGCAGAGGAAUCAUCCCUAGAAAUGGUGGAGGAAGCCAUAAUCAUGGAUUCGUCAUUCGGCCCGAUAACAGGUUGUAUCAGUUAUGGGCUCAUUUCAUACUGGUCUGGGCAGUAUAUUCGUCUUUCUUCACGCCACUCGAAUUCGCUUUCUUCAGAGGCCUCCCGGAGAACCUGUUUCUUCUGGACAUUGCUGGGCAGUUUGCUUUCCUCAUUGACAUUGUGAUACGCUUCUUUGUCGCCUACAGAGAUGCUCACUCUCAUUGUAUGGUCAAAGAUCACAAUCUCAUCGCCAUUCGAUACUUGAAAUCUCGCUUUAUUGUUGAUCUUCUGGGCUGUUUACCAUGGGACUACAUUUACAAGGCUAGUGGCAAAGAGGAGCCAGUCAGGUAUUUCCUAUGGAUUAGGCUUAGUAGGGCAUUAAGAGUGACCGAAUUCUUUGAGAAGAUGGAAAAAGACAUCCGGAUUAACUAUCUUUUCACAAGGAUCAUUAAACUCUUUGUUGUUGAGCUGUAUUGCACGCAUACGGCUGCCUGCAUCUUUUACUACAUUGCAACCACUCUGCCUCCAUCAAAAGAAGGUUAUACAUGGAUUGGAAGUUUAAAGAUGGGAGAUUACAGCUAUGCACAUUUCAGGGAUAUUGAUCUUUGGACUCGUUACAUAACAUCGCUGUAUUUCGCUGUUGUCACUAUGGCGACAGUUGGUUAUGGCGAAAUUCAUGCUGUCAACACAAGGGAAAUGAUAUUUGUCAUGCUCUAUGUUUCUUUCGACAUGCUUCUGGGAGCGUAUUUGCUUGGAAACAUGACCGCCUUGAUAGUAAAAGGAUCAAAAACAGAGAAAUUUAGGGAUACUAUGGGUGAUCUCAUCAAAUACAUGAACAGAAACAAGUUGGGGAGAGACAUAAAGAGAGAUGUCGAAAGACAUAUUCGCUUAAAGUAUGAGAGGGGUUUCACUGAGGCUUCUGCACUUCAGGAUAUUCCAAUAUCGAUUAGAAAUAAGGUCUCACAAAAACUCUACGAGCCAUGCAUCAGAAAAGUCCCUCUUCUGAAAGGUUGCUCGGAUGAAUUCAUUAAUCAGAUGACACUUUGUGUUCACGAAGAGUCUUUCCUUCCAGGGGAAGUGAUUUUAGAAGAAGGCAAAAUUGUUGAUCAACUUUAUUUUGUUUCUCAUGGAAAGCUGGAAGAGGUAGGAAGGUAUGAAGGAGGAAAAGGCGAUUCUUUUAUGAGUUUGGAAACACACAGCUCACUUGGUGAAGUUUCAAUUCUUUGCAACAUCCCAAUCCCAAACACAAUUCGUGUUGUCGAACUAUGUAGACUCCUAAGAAUUGAUAAGCAAGUUUUCCUUAGCCUCUUGGAUAUUUACUUUCUGGAUGGGCGGAUAAUCAUGAACAAUCUCACUGAGGGGAAGAGUUCUACUAUUGAUCAAAUAAUAAGGGAAUCAAAAAUCAUACUUCACAUUGCAAAACAUGAAUCUGAGUUGGCUAUGAAGUUAAACUGUGCUGUGCAUGAUGGAGAUCUUCAUCGACUGCAAAGUUUCAUUGGAGCCGGAGCAAAUCCAAAUGCAACUGAUUAUAAUGGACGCUCACCUCUGCAUGUUGCUGCAUGGAAGGGAUAUGAAGAUAUCACUUUAUUCUUGAUCGAAAAGGGGGCAGAUAUCAAUGCAAAAGAUAAUUUCAAAAACACUCCAUUGCUUGAAGCAGUCAGGAAUGGACACGAGGAAGUGGCUUCCUUGCUCGCGAAUGCAGGGGCAUCGUUGUUGUUAGACAACAUAGGGAAUCGUCUCUGCGAGGCAGUUGCAAAUGGAGACUUAGAAUUGUUAAGGAGGCUAUUAUCCUUUGGUACCAAUCCAAACUCCAAAAAUUAUGACCUUCGAACGCCACUUCAUGUAGCUGCAUCAGAAGGGCUAUAUCCAGCAUCAGUCUUGCUUUUAGGAGCCGGCGCCAGUGUUAUUGCAGUAGACAGAUGGGGUAAAACUCCACUGGAUGAAGCCCGGUUGGGAGGAAACAAGAGCUUAAUCAGUCUGCUUGAAGAUGCAAAACGUAGUCAGUUGUCCGAAUUUUCUGAAUCUUUCCAAAGAAAACAAGGUAAAUUAUCAUGUUUUAAGAAACCAGCUGCAUAAAUUUUAGUAAAAAUGAGCAGCAUUAUUGUUUCUGAUCUUUUAAUCUCUGUCCUCUCAAAGAUAAACCACUGUAAACUGCGAUGAUAAAGGUUAAGGAAAGAGAAAUAUAUUAGCCAUUAUAUUGGAGUAAGUCAUAGUCAUACAUUAUUACCAGAUGAUUAUCAUUGUCAGUUACGACUUCAAAGUCAAAAUAACAGGAUGAUACUACCGAGGCUUCAAUUGCGAAGUGCUUAAGGUUUGAGGUUCCCUCCAGGAUGUAACUUGACGAGUAAUGACAAGACCAAGGCUUGACAAGAUAAUUCUGUGGGAUUAACUCUUCAUUGUGGUUGUGUUUACAACUAACUUUAAUUAUCAGGACAAUGAUAGUCUCUUAAGAAGAAAAACCAAGACAUUUCCCCUUCCAACUUAUCUCAUAUUAUGACAUAUUUUCGCCUUUUGUUUUUCCCCCAGAAAAAAGCCAAAUUGGCUUUUAUUCCUUGCGUUCAUUUCUCUGGUCUCUAAAUUCCAAUCAAUAAAUCCGCCACUUGAGCUUUAAAAUAUAUUAAGGGCAUCCGAUAAAAUGUUUUACUCAAAUUGAAAUAACUAAAAUUAUCCCCGUGCAUUGCACGGAUUGCCUUAUAUGUAUUAUGUAAAAUUGUAAAAUUAUGAUCACAUGUGAGCCGAGCCUUAUCGUCGUUAUAUGAUAAAGUUUAUGUCGGGUUUUGUGAUAUAAUAAUUUUUAUCCGUGUUUUCUUGUGUAAAUUAUAUUCAUAUUUUUUUAUGUUUUAUAUUCAAGAUAGUGUACAUUUUAAAAAAUAAAAAUUUUAGAACUAAGAAUCGAUAAAAUUUAUAAUAAUUUUUGGUAGUGUAUUUCGUAAAUUUUUACAAAUAGAUUUAUUAAAUUCAAAAUGAAAGUAAACCCAAAAAGAAAAAAUAAAUGUAAAUAUAUAACGCUUUAUAUAACAUCUCUUUAGUAAUAUUUUUUGGUAGAGUUGCCUGAAAACACUAAAUUUUAUACAUACUUGAUGGUUUUUCAUCUACAGAAAUAAAUUUUAUGAUUCUUGUUAAAAAUCCAGCACCGUAAACUCUGCUUAAAAAUAUGUGAAAAAAUAUUCUUAGCAACCAAUAAAAAAAAAAUUGAGAAUAAGUGUCAAUGGAAAAGAUGUGUUUUUCAUUUUUAAUUAAGUAGGUAACCAAAUAUAUAUGGAAUGUAAUAAAAAUGGGUGAAAUAUAUGGGUGAAAAGUAAAUAAAAUAACCAAAUUUACAAAAAAUUUUAACACUUCAAUGAGAACGGGUCUCUGGCAUUGACACGUGUCAAACAAAAUUCUAAACUUGAAAUGUGACAAAGAAGCUCUGAAUUAUCUAAUUGAGCAACAUGUGUCGAUUGAAAACUCUCUUUUAAUAUAUAGUAUAGAUUUUAACUAAAAUUAUAUGGGUCAUAUACAAUUAAGUUGUAUUCAAGGUAUACAACUUUACUUAUUGCGAAACAAGUUUCGGCUAGGGUUUCAUGUCAUUAUAAUAACUAUGGUGAACUUCCGGCAUCAAUCCGUGGAAAAGUUCACCUAGAUCAAUCUUCUUUCCCUUAUAUUAGGAUUAAAUAGUCUCUAAAUCUUCAAAAUCUAGAUGGAAUUGCCAGGGGAUUAAUGUUUCUAAUCUUUGUUAGGCAAGCUCCUAGGAACCUAGAUAGGAAAAGUGAACUGUCAGGGGAUUAUAGUUCUAUCUUUAUAAGACAAUUCCUAGUGUAAUUGCACGAGAAUUGUCAGGAGUUUUACUAGAAAACUUUGUAAGACAGUUCUUUUUCAUUUGGGUAAGUCUUAAGCACUGCCUUAUGUAAUUUUUGCUUUUAAUUAAUAAAAUCGGGGUCCUCCGGCCAGGUACCGCCCUGGAUUCUCCUAAAAAAAAAACUUUACUUAUUGACUAUAUUUUCAAAUAAGAUAAAUUG